AAUUUCUAGAUAAUAUAUAUGAUUAGCCGAAAUGUAUUGGAAACAUUUAGCAUGUUUCAUAUGUUUAUAUGGAAUGAUCAAGAAAUUUCGUCCUGCGACACCAUUUUUGACACCAUUCCUUGUUUCAUCAUAUAAAAAUUUCACCGAUGUUCAAUUAUACAGUCAAAUAUAUCCAUUAUGGACUUAUUCAUAUUUGAUCGCAUUGAUACCCAUAUUUUUUCUUACUGAUUUACUACGACAUAAACCAAUUGUAGUUCUUGAAGCAUUAUCAUAUUGCGCUUCACAUGUAAUCAUCCUUUGGGGCUUAUCAACAGCAUCGGAUAUCGCUUAUGUAUCAUAUAUGUAUGCAGUAAUUAAUCAGAAACAUUUCAAACGUAUUACUUCAUAUGUUAGAGCAGCUGCAUUAUUUGGGAAAUUUUUAGCUUACGGAUCCGGUCAAUUGCUUAUUUCAACUCAUCUUGUAUCAUAUUUACAACUAUGUGAGGUAAGUUAA